AGGAGGACCGAAUGUUGAUUGUUGAGUUGAUGAUAAAUAUCAAUCUUUCGUCCAGUUCGGUCCUGUUAUUUAUUACUAAUAUUUAAUUGAUAUUCUCACUUGGCACACAGAUAUUAAAUAAAAAGUGAUCUAUGGCAUCAAACAGUGAGGACUUACAAGCGGUUAAGAUGAAUACUACGCUCUUAACAAAUGAUUAUUACCACCCUUUAGAAUACCACUGGAACUUGUGGGUAUUUACAAACGAUAAAGAGAACUGGGAAGAAAAUUUAGUUUGUGCAGCUGAUUUUGAAAGCGUAGAAGGUUUUUGGAGUAUCAUUAAUCACAUAAAGAUGCCUUCAGAGAUGAAAUUAGGGCAGGAUUAUUUAAUAUUCAAAAAGGGCAUACAACCAAAGUGGGAACAUCCAGCUAAUAUGAAUGGGGGAAGGUGGAUUAUCAACGUAGAAAAAAAUCUUAGCCGUUUGAACGAGGUGUGGGUGCAUGUGUUACUUUUGAUGAUCGGUGAAAAUCUGCCUCACGGAGAUAUAAUAUGUGGUGCAGUGGUCAAUAUUAGAUCUAAGUGUAAAAUUGGUCUAUGGUUGUCAGAUGGAUCUAAUCAAAAGAAAGUUAAAGAAGUUGGUGAGGUCUUAAAAGAUAAUAUUAAAUCGCAUCAUAUCGGUAAAAUAAAUUUUCAUUUGCAUAUGAAAAAUUUUAAUAUUCAUACUAUAUAAAUUGUUGAUAACUGUUUAGUGCUGAUUUAUUGUAAUAUAUUCACAUUUACUAAUCGUUUAAUUUACGUCAAAUAUCUGUUUUUUUUAAUUUCCAUUCACUUUGUACCUUGUGUAGUUGUGUUGGACAAUUUCUAUUCAAACUUGUAUGGAUAAGUGAGUCACGCCUGCCUCAGUGAGAAGUAAAGUAGCAUACAACUUCAAUUGUUUCGCCUACCAAUCGAACCUAAUUAGUGUACAAAUCUUUGCUUGGUUAGCAUUUCCAACUGACGACGAUUUUUUUAAUAAGGCAUAUGACAUUCACAUGAUAAAUUAAUACUUAAAUCAUAAUUUAAUGUGCCAUAACUAUUGAGAUUAUAUAAAUCACUAUAUAUGACAAUAAGGAUAUGAUAUUUGUUAAAUUUAAUUUAAUGAAAAGAUUUUCAUUUAGUUUUUAUCACUCCAUUAUCGGAAUAAAAUUGACUCAGAUUUUAUAUCCAAACCAAUCGUUAUUACUACCAGUCGUAGGUUUUCUAUUAUUUUUUAUGAAUAAAUUUAUACUAUUAUACUUUUAAAAUUUUACAAUAAACGUCUGAAUAUGGUGAUUACCAAAUUAAACCUGCUUAUUAUUAUAUAUUAAUAUUAAUUAGCUAUAUAAUAUAGAAAAAUCAUACAGCUUGUUUAUAUAUAAGUUAGUUUUUACUCUGAAAUUAGUAUAUAAGAUUAUAAGACACAAAUGCCCAAAAA